GAGAGCAGGGCAGGGGCCGGGGGCGGGCGGCGCGGCCAUGGGUAGCCCCUGGCCGGACCCCGCGGCGCGCUGGGCGCUGUCCCAGCCGCCGAGCAGCGGCGCGGCCGAGGAGCAGCCGCCCAGCGCGGGGCCGGGGCCGGGGCCGGGGCCGGGGUCGGGCUCGGCCUUCUGGGACACGGCGCUGAGCCGCGGGCUGAGCGUGCUGACGGCGCUGGCGCUGUGCGUGGCCAUGCUGGGGCUGGGCUGCGCCGUGCAGCCCGGGCAGCUGGGCGGGCAGCUGCGGCGGCCCGUGGGGGUGCUGCUGGCGCUGCUCGGCCAGUUCCUCCUCAUGCCGCUCGUCGCCUUCCUGCUCGCGCUGCUCUUCGCGCUGGACGACGUGGCGGCCGUGGCCGUGCUGCUGUGCGGCUGCUGCCCCGGCGGGAACCUGUCCAACCUGCUGGCCGUGCUGGUGGACGGCGACAUGACGCUCAGCGUCGUCAUGACCGCCUCGUCCACGCUGCUGGCCCUGGUGCUGAUGCCGCUCUGCCUCUGGCUCCUCAGCCGCGCCUGGAUCCGCGCGCCGCUCGUGCAGCUGCUGCCGCUGGGCGCCGUCAGCCUGACGCUGGGCAGCACCCUGCUGCCCAUCGGCCUCGGCCUCCUGCUGCGCUACAAGCGGCCCCGCGUCGCUGACCUGCUCGUCAAGGUUUCCCUGUGGUCACUUUUAGUCACGCUGGUGGUUCUUUUCAUUCUGACGGGCACGAUGCUGGGACCAGAACUGUUGGCGAGCAUCCCUGCAUCUGUCUACGUGGUAGCAAUCUUGAUGCCCAUGGCUGGCUAUGCCUCCGGGUACGGCUUGGCUACACUAUUUCACCUGCCACCACACUGCAAAAGGACAGUGUCUUUGGAAACAGGAUGUCAGAACGUCCAGUUGUGCACUGCCAUUCUGAAAUUAACCUUCCCUCCCGAGCUCAUUGGGAGCAUGUAUAUGUUCCCCUUGCUUUAUGCCCUUUUCCAGGCUGCAGAGGCGGGACUGUUUGUGCUGGCCUACAAGAUGUUUGGACAAGACACCUAUAAGCAGGAGCUCCUCGAUGAAGAAGAUGAUACAGAUAUUUCCUACAAGAAACUGAAAGAGGAGGAAAUGGCUGACACCUCCUAUGGCACGGUGACCGCAAAGGAGCCCCACACCGUGUGCAUGGAGCUGGCGCAGACGGCGCUCUAGGAGGUGGGCUGUGCCGGGGGGCACCCACCAGCCCAGCAGCCUCCCAACCGCGCCACAGUGACCGUGUGUUUUCUACCGUGCCAGCUGCUGCUGCUGUCCCUCCCAAAUGCAUCCUCUGUUGUGUGUGUGUGUGUGUGUGUGUGUGUGUGUGUGUGUGCGUGCGUGCACAUGUAUCCCCACUCCCAGCCUGGGCACUGGUGCAGCAAGCACGGCCAGGCACACAGAAGGGCCCCAUGCACAGCCCUGGGCCGCCUGGUUGCAUGAGCCUGUAGCUGCAGGCGGGAUGAGCCUGCACAUCUGGAACAGACUUCCCAAGGUGGCAGCGCAGUCCCCAACCUUGGCAGCCUCCAGGAGGGCACUGGACAGGCCCCUUGCCAAGCUCCUUCGCUCUCAGUGGUAUUCCUGCCCGGAGCAGGGCUGCUGGACUCCAGGUCCCCUCCGGCCCUUAAUGUCUAUGGCUGUCUGUGAGCGCCGGGUCGAGAUGAGCCUGUUUCGUGUAUCGCAUGCCCGUCGCUGUACCCCCGCUCGCUGUGUACCCCAGUGCUGACCAUUAAAGGUGCAGACCGCU